CAAUUACACUUACGAAACUACACAGAAAUACAGAAUAAAUGUACUCCUGAAGUAAUAAACUGUUCCUCGAGGCUGUAGGGAUUCUCAGUUAUAAAAAGGCCUUAGCUUUUAGGACAAAAAACAAAUUUUUCUCCAACUCGAAUACUGGGACAUGCUUACCAGAAUCCGUCCAUUAGGAAGGAAUUUUACCGGUAAAAUUCAAUUACUUUGCAAGUCCAGAUUCACGAAUAAUCUCUUCCACGAAGCUUUGUCUAAUUUCAGCUCUGAAAGCUAUGGCAACCUAGCCCACGAGGAUUCCGGCGGUUUUACCACCGGAAAUGAGCAAGACUUGAAGAACCCAGAUAGGGAUCCGAAGUUAGAUGACGAUGCAAUCAAGAUUCAAGCUAUUCUGAAGCUUAAAUCCGAGAAAUCGAUAGAAGAAAUCGGUCAAUCCGUUAGUGAAAUUUCUGUCUGUUUCUCUGAAGACUUGGUCCUUAACGUGCUGAAGCGCCACCGUUCUGAUUGGAAAGCGUCGUACAAAUUUUUCAGAUGGGUUUGUCUCACCAAAUUCCCUGAUGGGUAUAGACCUGGAACUGGAGUUUACAAUGUAAUGCUUGAUAUUCUUGGCAGGAUGCAUCAAUUUGACAAGGUCCAUCACAUGGUCGACGAAAUGUCCAAGAGAAAAAUCUUGAUUAAUGAGAGGACCUAUGGCAUCGUAGUUAAUAGGUAUGCCGCAGCACAUAAGGUUGAAGAUGCUAUUCAGUUGUUUUAUAAGAGAAAAGAAUUCGGUUUAGAGCUGGAUUUGAUCGCAUUCCAAACUCUGCUGUUGUCCUUGUGUCGGUACAAACACGUAGAAGCUGCUGAGUUUUUGUUCCAUAACAAGAACAAUGAAUUCCAGAAUCACAUAAAGACUUGGAACAUCAUUUUAAAUGGAUGGUGUGUUUUGGGAAAUUUGCGCGAGGCAAAGCGGUUUUGGAAUGACAUUGUGACGAAGUCUAAGUGUAAACCGGAUAAAUUUACAUAUGGGAUUUUCAUCAACUCAUUGAGUAAGGCAGGGAAGAUAAGCACUGCUGUGAAAUUGUUUCAAGCAAUGUGGAACAAGGGCUGCGAGCCAGACGUUGCUAUCUGCAAUACAAUCAUCGAUGGGUUGUGCUUCAAGAAGAGGAUCCCCGAGGCUAUUGAAAUCAUCCGCGAGAUGAAUGAAAGAGAUUGUCAACCAGAUGUUGCAACUUACAACUCGCUCAUUAAACAUUUGUGUAAGAUUAAGAGGAUGGAAAAGGUUUAUGAACUCCUGGAUGAAAUGGAGAAGAAGGGAGGGGAGAUUAUGCCGAAUGCUAGAACCUACGGGUAUUUGUUGAAUUCUGCUGGGAAUCCAGAGGAAGUUUAUGAGAUUUUGGACAGGAUGGAACGGAAGAAGUGCAAGUUGGAUGGAGAUGGAUACAAUAUGUUACUGAGAUUGUUUAUGGAAUGGGGUGUUGAUGAGAGAGUGCAGGCUGUUUGGAAAGAAAUGGAGAAGGCUGGAGUAGGACCAGAUAAAAGAUCUUAUACUGUAAUGAUUCAUGGUCUUUUUGACAAAGGAAGGUUGAAAGACGCCAUGAGUUAUGUUCAAGAGAUGAAAUCGAAAGGUAUAUUCCCUGAGCCAAGGACCAAAUUGUUGGUUGACGCCAUGAAAAUUAAGUUGAAGGCCAAAGAUUUAUCAUAGAAAGACAAGGCAGUAAAUCAUUUUUUAUUUUAUUUUAUUUUUCCGAUUCUUGUUGCUCCAUUGGUUAUAGAAGAUUUUUUUAACAUCUUUUCUUCUUCUGGGAAAGAAGAAAUCUAAUUUUGAAUGAAGCUUUUAUACGCGGG